GAGUGGGUUGGGUUUGGUUGGAAUGAAGUUGGACAUGUGCUACAAAUGUUUGUUUUUUUCCUUCUCAAAUUAGCCAGGGAGCGUACAAUGUCAUAGCAGCAAGACCAUACUAACUCUAAAAGAAACAUUUUUUAGUCAUAGAAAACGAGCACACAUAAAGCAAGAAUGGGUGAUGUCAGUGAAGAAUCGUUGCUGGAUUAUUUCUACUCAGCCGGAGGGAAAGUAAAAAAUGCUGAUUUAAUGAAAAUAUACAGGCCUUUCAUUGGUCAUAACGACAUGCAGCUGCGUGACAAAUACAGAGAGGAGUUCAAACGGAUCAUCGACAUGAUUGCUGUUGUGAAAUCAGAGAAUGUAAGUGAAAGUGAGAAGUACCUGAUUCUGAAGAAGAGGUACAGGCAGCAGGAGCAGGGCAGUGAGACAGAGCCUGGGACAGACAGACAGGCCAGUCCUGCGGCCAGCACUGCCAGGCCCUCGGCAUCAGUCCAGCGGGAUGUGUCGGGGGUCUCGUCUCUCCACACCCAGGGGGAACCAGACCUCCAGCCUGACCCGGCCAAGAGGGCAGAGGCGAGGAAGCCUCCACAGGUGAUGUGGUGUGGAGGAAGCCCCAGCAUUACCUUCAAAGAGGCACCCAAGCAGGAGCACACGCAGGAGGACCAGCACACCGAGAGGACCCCCUCACCAUCCAUUUCAGAGAAAACCCUAGCGCACAGUAACGGAGAGGAUGAGCUAGACAGGGACUCAGGGUCAAAGUCUGAGUCGGAAGAGGAGUGUAUGGGCAGAAUGCGCUCCACCCCAGUGGCUCUCAUCCAAUCCCUACAGCUGGACCCCGUGGAGAAGGAAUGGAUCUACUCUGCUACUUGUGGCAGUCUCUCUGACCUCUCCCAGCUGCUAAAACAGGAGCCCUCCUUGGCCAACAAGAAGGACUUUGUUUCAGGGACAGCUCUUCACUGGGCAGCCAAACACGGCAAGGAGGACAUGGCUACCAUGAUGGUUAACGCAGGAGCUGAUGUGAACACUAAAUCUCAUGUGAGUACCUCCUCUUUCAGUACAGUAUAUCAUACGCAGGAAGUGAUCAGUGUUUGUAUAUUUGGAGACCGGCCAGGCAGAUUUGUUACCAAGGGGGGCUAUACACCCCUGCAUAUUGCAGCAUUGCAUGGCCAUCGACACAUUUUGGAGCUGCUCAUUGGAACAUAUGGUGCGAAGAAGAAUCUGCGGGACUACAGCGGCCAUCUUGCCUGCCAGUACCUGAACAUCACAGAGCCUACAGAGGAUGACCGAGUAGCUCCAGAGGAGACACAAUUCCCUGAGUUCCAGGCCAGAGACCACAGUAGGAACAGGAAGUUGGUCUCGUUGUUCCAGUCCAAGAAGAAGUGGGGCUCAGCGGAGGAGCUAGCCCCUGUAAAGGAGAGGGUGGCACUAGCACCCCAUCAACUCAUGGUCCCCGCAUUCAGACCCAGGAAAUUCUCACGCUAAGGAAGAAGCUAGCCAAAUGCCCCGCAUUCAAUGGCAUCACAGAAAUGACAUCACAAAAACAUGUUCAGUCACUGUGUGUUUAUUUGAAUUGUAAUGUAUGCUUUUAUAGUAUUUAUUCUGUAUGCUUUUAUGUUGUAGGGAGCUGUAACUAUCGAGUUGUUUAGUUUGUUGUUUACUGCCUUGAUUGUAUUGUAGCAAUCUCCCAAAAUGAUUUGAUUAUCAUUUAAUUCCAUUUUAAAAGUUGAAUUUGAUUGUAGUGAGACAAAAUGUGACAUUACAUACGGCGCUAUUUUGCAUUCUGCAAUUUGUUUUCUUGCUCUUUCAAUUUAGUGUGUAUUUGAAUCUCACUUGCCUUUUUUCCUCACACCGUGUUUAGUGAAGACCGUGCUCAAAUGUGUAGUUUCCAAGCCGAUCUGACGUUCCAGAUUUGAAGUGCCACGUUUACAUGUUGAUGAUCGCACUAUUACUUUGUCAUUUGGUUGAUUUGUCAUAAGGGACACUAUUUUCUAUUGGUUCACCCUCUGUAUUUCUCAUUGUAUUUCUAUUGAAGGACAAAACGAGGGACAAUAUUUUUUUAUUGUUUCACCCUCUGUAUUCCACGUUGUAUUCUAUUUGUAUUUCACAUUGUAUUCUAUUGAAAGACAAAACAAUACCAUAGUACUGGCAUAGAAUAGUCCGUUCAUAAUUAAGUGUCUUAUUCAAUUGGGAAACAAGUUAGUUGAUGUGCCAUGGCUUUGCAUCAUGUUUUUCCUCAAGUUGUUUGUAUUGCCUCAAUUUGAACCUGCCUCUUCAAGCUUGUUUUGUUUUGCACAUUAUUUAUAUCUGAGAUAUUUUGAUAUUAAAGUGCUACGCUGUGCUUCUAA